AUGGCACUCUCUCGAACCGGUCAAGUCUUCUCAUGGGGGUCGAAUAGCUUUGGUCAGCUUGGGCACCUAAGGAAGUCAAUGUCGUCGCAGAAUCUUACGCCCAAGCGUGUUCACGCUUUCCGGUUUCGCGUGAUGGCUGACAUUGCAGCAUCAGGGUGUCAUUCUGCCGCUAUUGAUACGAAUGAUGGCUCUGUUUACACAUGGGGUAGUAAUCGUCGGGGUCAACUGGGACGCAAAGAAGGUUGUGGCACAGACCAAGUUGAUGCUACUCCGCGCAUUGUUGAUGCACUGUGCCCGCUACACCCUAUGAGUGCUUUGUAUGGUAACUACGAGUCCGUUCGAGCUGAAAAAGUUGCACUUUCGGAUUGGCACACAUGUGUAGUGCUGCGUUGCUCUCACAAUGGUUGCAGUAUCGGUCAGGUGUGGCAAUUUGGGUACGGUUCAUACCGUCCUAGCCGAGUAAACUUUCCGUCUGUUCUCUUUAAUAGUGGGGUGAUUAUGAGUGAUAAAUGGGUGCCUACGUGCAAGCAGCGUGACAUGGAUAUUGUGGAUAUUUCAUGUGCUCAGAAUCACUCAAUUGCAUUAAGUGCUAGCGGUUCUGUUUUCACUUGGGGGCACAAUGUGCCAGCGCUGUCGCAACAACCGAGCGGCAGCUUAAGUGAUCGGCGUGCUGAUACACCAGGGAACACUGUAGCGAAAUUUUUGUCGUCCUGUACACCACAAUUGGUGCCUUUAUGCAAAUAUGGCACUGUGAACAGUGUUUGCGCUUCCCAGACCAAUUGUGCUGUCGUUACCCAACAAGGCGAUCUUGUGACUUGGGGUUGCGGCCAGCAGGGCCAUGAGCGUGAAAACACGUGGCAGCCAAGCCCUAAGCGCGUCGCUGGUGUGAAGAAAGCCAUAUCGGUGGCAGCUGGUCAUCAGCACACGGCAGUGCUGGUGGUACCCAUGUGCCCAGAUUUCGAUACUACGGUAGAUGUUACUGGCAAGGAUUGUGUUGCUUCAUUGAAAGAGCUAGUGGAAAAAACAAUCGCUGCUCAUGUAAAUGUCUACAAUUGUGCGCUAGUGUGGUACUAUGCUGAGCGCUACGCUGCGCAUCGAUUGCAAAACUACUGUCUGGAAUAUAUGCAAAAUAACUGGGACGCUGUGUUAGAUACAUCAGGGCUGGAACGCAUGAAGGUAUUUUUUGAGAUCAUGCUGCCACCAAUGGAAGAAUUGGUGCCAAAGGAAAAGUCAGCCGUUUUAGCUCCUAUUGAUGAUUGGGAGAAUCACGCAAAGAAAAAGAGGGCUGUCAAGAUUUCUAAGAGCUUACCAUCCCCGGUCCGGAAGGAUGAGAGUGUGGCAGGAGGGUACGAUGGUGAGAGUCUUUUCACAACGUUGCCGGCGAAGCUUAGCAAGUCAAAUGGACGACGCAAGAGGAGGAGCAAUAAGUUUGUUUUACCGGCGUCGUUUUUGUUGGACAAGACUUUUGCAUCGACCACACGCGGCAUCAGUAGCCCGUGGAGCCUCCAUGCCACGGUUGAAGAAGACAAGUCAUUUUUGGGCCACGGCCUAUGUGCGUCUCCUGCAUCGCAAGUAUCUAGCUCAAGCCCAACUGCUUCACACGCUUUUUUAGAAGCAUUUCCCUUACCAAAGUCUUCAGUUUGUAAUGGUAGGAUGGAUGAUUGUACUCCCAGACAGCGCAAAGCGCGCAUUGGCGGUCACUCAUCGCCGAGGUCUUCCAUUUCGCCGAUAUCGAAAUCAAAGCACAUGCUGGGCUAUGACGAUAUUGAGCACGAAAAAGUGACAGCAUUCUCACUCGAUGCGUUUCUGAAGCAGCCGGCCUGUCGAAGUACUCGUGGCAAGCGCUUAACAUCAGCUAUGCCGAUAUGGAACAGUCCGUCUACAGACUCGGCGGUAGCAUCUAAGCAAAAGUCUUUGCCACCGAAGACGCUGAAGGAGAUCCAGGAAGAGGAAAAGACAGUAGCAGCUCGUGAGCGUGAAGUGAAGGCGCGCUUUGGUAGCGGCACCGUUCCAGCGCAGCAGUCGCAGUCAACGGUGAACAGCUGGGGAUUGUUUCGCCCUCCAGAUCCCGUUUCGCUAGCAGAUGUGCAGAAGCUUCAGGAAAAGCAACACUUCAUAGAGCAACAGCAUCAGAUCCUGGCGGAUAUUAAGCGAGAGCAAGCGGAAAAAUCUCGAGCAGCGGCUGCGACGCUACUCGGCUACUGGCAACUACCAAGCAAACAAAACAAGCUGAAAAAAGUAAAGGAGCGCAAGGCCGCAAGGAGGUAG